AUGCCAACAAUCCGGAGCAGGUAUGUUACAUAUCUUCUGGUCCUGCCCGGCUCUCCGACGGUUUUGGGAGCAAGUACGCGCUCUCGUUCAGAAAUUUACGGAUGUCCAGACAAGGCUAAACCAAAAGCUAAAAAGAAGGAGGAAGCCAGCUCCUUCUUCCAGAGACAGAGGGUAGAUGCACUGCUACUUGAACUCAGGCAAAAGUUUCCACCAAAGUUUGUCCAGCAAAAACCUGGGGAGAAACCAAUCCCAGUUGAUCAGAUAAAGAAAGAACAAGAGCCACCAGCUGAAGUGGUGGUAAAACAAGAGGAAAAAGAACCGGUUAAGCCUUCUCACGGAGCAACCCCUAAAGGUCCACCGGAAAAAAGAAUGAGGUUACAAUAAAAUUU